AUGAGUGAUCUAGGGUUGAUGAAGGUUAGGCUACACUAUGGAGGUGUUAUGGAGUGCAAAGAUAACAACUAUUUCUAUCGGGGAGGAUUAGUGAAUAAAGACAUUGCUAUCGAUCCAGAUUACAUGACAUGGUCUAUGUUUGAAGGAUUUUGUGAAGACAAUGGGUCAAACGAUGUGGUGAAACAUGUCUGGUACAAGCUUUCACAAGAAUCUAUCGAUUUGGUGAAAGUGAUAACCGAAGUCACUUCAGAUGCUUCUAUUAACCAGAUGUGUUGUGAAGCUAUGAAAGUAGGUGGCGUUGAUAUCUACAUUGAGCAGAGUGUUGGUGAAAAGGUUGAUGAUCAAGUACCAAAGGAUGGUGAAGAAAAUAGAGGUGAAGAAGACAUAGUUGAAGAAAAUGCCGGUGAAGAAGACAUAGGUGAGGAAGAAGACACAAACGAAGAAGACAAAGACGAUGCAGUUCAGAACAAUGGAGAAUCGUCAAAUGCUCGUGAUGAGGGUGAGGAAGAAAUCAUCAAAGAAGCAGGAGAAGAUAUUCCAUUUCAGUCACUCUUUGGGAAUAUCCGUGAUGAGGAAGUUAGAGGCGGCAGUAGUGAUGAAGUUAGAGGUGGUGCUAGUGAAGAAAUUAGAAGUGGAGCUGAUGAUGAUGAAGAAGAAUCCGAGAGGCAAUUAAAAGAUGAUGAACAUCCGGCUCCUGCUGUUGACACUGAUGAUGAAUGGGAAGACUUCAAUCGACGGGAAAAAGUGAUUUCGAGAACUACAUACAGCAACGAGAAGCCUCCUUACCUGUGGUUAAUGCAGACUUUCAAUAGUGGAGAAGAGUUCAAAGAUCAGCUGUUGUGCUAUGUUCUGAAGACAAAUUAUGAUGUGAAGCUUUGCAGAUGGGAGAAAACGAAGCUGGGAGCCAUUUGUACAAAAGAAAGAUGCGAGUGGAAGAUUUAUUGCUCAGUUGAGAAGCCAAAGGGUAAGUGGAUGGUGAAAUCUUAUGUGGGUACACAUAACCAUCUCAAGAGUAGCAAAGCAAGGAUGUUGAAGCAGGGUACAAUUGCAAGGUUAUAUAAAGAUGAAGCAAGAAGAAGGCCUGGUAUUAAAUGGACUGACAUCAAGGAUGAGAUAAUGAUGAGGUACAAUCUCUCUGUUUCUAAGUGGAUAUGCACGAAAGCAAGAAGAAUGGCUCUAGACUUGGUUAUAGAAACGCAGAGGGAACAAUUCGCCAAACUGUGGGAUUAUGAGAGGGAGCUUCAGCGCUCAAAUGAUAAUACGACGACUGAGAUUGUGACUAUUCCUCGUGAAUAUGGUAGGUUUGUCUUCGAUAGAUUCUACAUCUGUUUUGAGAAUCUGAGGAACACAUGGAAGCGUUGUUGCCGGCCUAUUAUUGGACUUGAUGGGGCGUUUAUGAAAUGGGAGUUAAAGGGUGAGAUUCUUGCAGCUGUUGGACGAGAUGCGGAUAAUAGGAUUUAUCCUAUAGCUUGGGUAAUAGUUAGAGUGGAAGAUAAUGCUUCAUGGGCUUGGUUUGUUGAUAAGUUGAAGUCUGAUUUGGAUUUGGGUUUAGGAAAUGGAUUCACUAUCAUAUCCGACAAGCAUAAAGGAUUGAUUAAUGCGGUUUAUGGACAGUCAGAGUACGAAGAUUAUUUCUGGGCAAUUGCAUACAGCUUCACUAAAGGUGAUUAUCAGUUCAACUUACACGCUUUGGAAGUGUUCGAUGGAAAAGCACACGAGGACUUGCUGAAAACAGAACCGAAGACAUGGUGUAGAGCGUUUUUCAGUCCACAUGCAUGA